CGGCGACGAAUUUUUAGAUCGCAGGGUUUUUGUCUCGUAGUUUUAGUUGCGGGUUAUUUAAAGGGGUUUUAGCUGCACAAAAUACGUGUCUAGUAUCCAGGGGUUCAGGCGAUUAAAGGCUUUUUUGGGACCGUUUGUUCUCGCAAAUUGGCGAAUUUGCAGGGUUGAAAACUCAAGGAGCAGGCCUACGGAGCAAGGGCCGGAUGUGUAUAGGUACAGCGGCCGAAAGGGGAGCCUAGAAGAUUAGAGCAAAAGACCCGCAGAGCCUGCAGAGGACCGGAGCAAACGCAGCGAGCCUUUCCACUCUGUGUAUCAUCGGAGCAAGCAUCUAUAUAGUGACUUUUAGGGGCGUACGAGUCACCAGUCGAGACUAUAGAGCUGCAGAAUAAACGGAGAUUUAGGGCACAUAACGUUACAACUGUGCAUCCAGCAUUAAAUUACCGCCUUUCAGGGCAACGCACUGUACCAUAGAAGCUCUGCCACUGCUUUAAAAUGUCGUCAGAGAAUGAAGCCGGCGAGCCUAUGCUCGUGAAUAGAGCAAUAGACAUGAUGGAAUGGACGCACUCCGGUGGGACAUUUGUAUCGAUAGAGAAUGCGCGCUGUCCUCAUCACUACCAGCUACCCAUCCAGUACUACUGCCUGGACUGCAACGAAAACUGCUUCUGCAGCGAAUGCGCAUUGUCUAGACACUCGAAGUGCGACGUACGCACCCUCGACGAGGCGUUUCCGGUCAUUGUAUACAACUUUUUAAAGAAAUGGAUCUCACAGCUCUCCACGAGAUGCGAAAAUCUAGACGUAGGAUUCACACAUUUGCUACAGGAUAAACAGCAAGAGUGGAUUCUAAAGUUGCAGGAGCUGCAGCUCAUACUCUCCAGAGUAAAUGGAGAUGCUCUCAAUGCAAUGAAAAAUCUGCAAAGCGAAAUUGAGGCCUGGCUGGCAGAAAAUCGUGAAAAGGUUACUGCAGAAUACCAAAAGUUCAAGGAAGAAGUUGAACAGGUUCUGGAAAGCUACGCAACAAACGCAAAGAUGCUCAGAGAACAACGAAAACUUUCGCCAGCUAAACUACUCUAUUUCUACAACCAAAACUAUCAAACACUCAGACAAAUGUUACUGGGAGCCACACCAAGGGAUUCAGAAUUUGUGAUUCAAAUGAUUCCAAAACAGCUCAAGGGACAUAUCGAUGCUGUAAAUGGCGCGUUCUUGGGAGUUUCCAAUAUCCUGAACAGCGCUGAACAUAAUGUUCGCUACGUCCACGAAUCUAGCGGCUAA